GGGGAGGGGGAAAGGAGGAGGGUCAAGAGCUUUGCUCUUAUUGUACUGUCAGCUGAUACCAGUCAGUAGUCGUUCUCUCUGAAGCUGACGAUCAGCGAGGAAGCCUCUCAAAGACGUUUUGCUUAUUCACUCGGGAUCUUUUAGGCUAAACGGAAAGCAGCAGCACGAUCAAAAUGCCAGUAGAUCUGUACUACCACAAGAUAUCGCCUCCAUGCAGAUCCGUCCACCUGACGGCGAAGGCCGUGGGACUUUCCUUGAACCUCAAAGAGCUGGACGUCCUCAAAGGGGAACAAAUGAAACCCGAAUUUUUGGCCAUUAAUCCCCAGCACACAAUUCCCGCGCUAGUAGAUGGCCAUAUCAAGCUUUGGGAGAGCCGUGCCAUCUGCAGUUACAUAGCCAGCCAAUACGGAAAAGACGACUCCCUUUACCCAACGAAUCCAAAGGCCAGAUGUAUUGUAGACCAAAGACUUUAUUUCGACAUGGGGACGCUUCAACAACGGUGGUAUAAUCUAUAUGCUCCAGUACUGUUCCAAGGAAAAGAACCUGAUCCCGCCAACUUGGAAAAGGUGGAAGAGGCUCUCAAAUGGCUAAACGACAUCCUGAAGGAGUAUCCCUGGACAGCUGGUAACAAAAUGACCGUGGCUGACUUCUGUUUGGUGGCCACAGUAUCCACCAUGAAUGCCAGUGGUGUCAUAGAUCUGCAGAAAUACACCCGGAUUGACAAGUGGCUGCAGAAAUGCGCGAAGCAGAUGGUAGGAUACAACGACGUCAAUCUCCCUGGAGCCGAAGCUUUUGGCGAAUUUUACAAAUCAAAAAUAGAAGCUUUAAAAGACGAUGAGAAAUCAGAUGACUAAUUUCUCACGCCAACUGUUAUCCCAAAGAUCAAUAAAAUACAAAUAUGUACUAAAA